GGGGGAUUGCAGGCAGCCCUUGUGGUUGACUGGAAAUCGAUUUCCAUCUCUCAGACACUAGUUAGAAUGGGCUGUGUGUUCUGGAAGGGGGUGGAAGUAAGGAGGAGGAGGUGCUGUGAGCAGAGUUCUUGAAGCUCCACUCCUCUGGGGAAGCCGAGCCGUGAGGGGGACUCCUGACUGAGCGGAGCGUGUGAAUUGGAAAGGAUCCUGCUAGCUGGCUAGUCCCAGUUCCUCUCCAGAAAAGCAGUUGCUCUGGCUUCAGAGAUGUGCCUAGCCUUCGCCUGCAUCACACUGCAGUAAGUUCAACUCGACACGGUUGGCAGUUUGAGUGGCUUCUGGUGCUUUAAUACAUUAUUGAAACUACAAACCCAUAUCCACAGUGGUCUCAUUGUUGACAGAUUGCAUAUUUUGAAAGCUUGAGGUAUUUUAUAAUGAAACAUGCCAUGUGGAAACUUUGAAGCAUAAAUUCUGCCAAACAUCUGAAUAAAGAAUUUCUCACCUGGUAUGUAAGAGAUCUCCUCACCACCACCAUGACAAACCAGGAAAAAUGGGUCCAUCUCAGCCCCUCAGAAUUUUCCCAGCUUCAGAAAUAUGCUGAAUAUUCUACAAAGAAAUUAAAAGACGUUCUUGAAGAAUUCCAUGGUAAUGGUGUGCUUGCAAAGUAUAAUCCUGAAGGGAAACAAGACAUUCUUAAACAAACAAUAGAUUUUGAAGGUUUCAAGCUAUUUAUGAAGACAUUCCUGGAAGCCGAGCUCCCUGAUGAUUUCACAACACACCUUUUCAUGUCAUUUAGCAACAAGUUUCCUCAUUCUAGUCCAAUGGUAAAAAGUAAGCCUGCUCUCCUCUCAGGUGGUCUGAGAAUGAAUAAAGGUGCCAUCACCUCUCCCCGUACUUCUCCAGCAAAUACGUGUUCCCCAGAAGUAAUCCACCUGAAGGAUAUUGUCUGUUACCUGUCUCUCCUUGAAAGAGGAAGACCUGAGGAUAAACUGGAGUUUAUGUUUCGCCUCUAUGACACUGAUGGAAAUGGCUUCCUGGACAGCUCGGAACUAGAAAAUAUCAUCAGUCAGAUGAUGCAUGUGGCAGAGUACCUUGAAUGGGACGUCACUGAACUUAAUCCAAUUCUUCAUGAAAUGAUGGAAGAAAUUGACUAUGAUCAUGAUGGAACAGUCUCUCUGGAGGAAUGGAUUCAAGGAGGCAUGACAACAAUUCCACUUCUUGUGCUCCUGGGCUUAGAAAAUAAUGUGAAGGAUGACGGACAGCAUGUGUGGCGACUCAAGCACUUUAACAAACCUGCCUACUGCAAUCUUUGCUUGAACAUGCUGAUCGGCGUGGGGAAGCAGGGCCUCUGCUGCUCCUUUUGCAAGUACACAGUCCAUGAGCGCUGCGUGGCUAGAGCACCUCCUUCUUGCAUCAAGACUUACGUAAAGUCCAAGAAGAACACUGAUGUGAUGCGUCAUUACUGGGUUGAAGGCAACUGCCCAACCAAGUGUGAUAAGUGCCACAAAACGGUUAAAUGUUACCAGGGCUUGACAGGACUGCAUUGUGUUUGGUGUCAGAUCACACUGCAUAAUAAAUGUGCUUCUCAUCUGAAACCUGAAUGUGACUGCGGACCUUUGAAGGACCAUGUUUUACCACCUACAGCAAUUUGUCCAGUGGUACUGCAGACUCUGCCCACUUCAGGAGUUUCAGUCCCUGAGGAAAGACAAGCAACAGUGAAAAAGGAAAAGGGUGGUUUCCAGCUGUCAAACAAAGUGAUUGACAAGAACAAAAUGCAAAGAGCCAACUCUGUUACUGUGGAUGGACAAGGCCUACAGAUCACUCCUGUUCCUGGUACUCAUCCACUUUUAGUUUUUGUGAACCCCAAAAGUGGUGGGAAGCAAGGAGAACGAAUUUACAGAAAAUUCCAAUAUCUGCUAAAUCCUCGUCAGGUUUACAGUCUUGCUGGAAAUGGACCAAUGCCAGGGUUAAGCUUUUUCCGUGAUGUUCCUGAUUUCAGAGUGUUAGCCUGCGGUGGAGAUGGAACUGUGGGGUGGAUUUUGGACUGCAUAGAAAAGGCAAAUGUAGUCAAGCAUCCUCCAGUGGCUAUUCUGCCUCUCGGGACCGGCAAUGAUCUAGCAAGAUGCCUGCGAUGGGGAGGAGGUUAUGAAGGUGAGAAUCUGAUGAAAAUCUUAAAAGACAUUGAAAACAGCACAGAAAUCAUGUUGGACAGGUGGAAGUUUGAAGUCAUACCUAAUGACAAAGAUGAGAAGGGAGACCCAGUGCCUUACAGUAUCAUCAAUAAUUACUUUUCCAUUGGCGUGGAUGCUUCCAUUGCUCACAGAUUCCACAUCAUGAGAGAAAAACACCCAGAAAAAUUCAAUAGUAGAAUGAAGAACAAAUUUUGGUAUUUUGAGUUUGGCACAUCUGAAACUUUCUCAGCCACCUGCAAGAAGCUACAUGAAUCUGUAGAAAUAGAAUGUGAUGGAGUACAGAUUGAUUUAAUAAACAUCUCUCUGGAAGGAAUUGCUAUUUUGAAUAUACCAAGCAUGCAUGGAGGGUCCAAUCUUUGGGGAGAGUCUAAGAAAAGACGAAGCCAUCGCCGAACAGAGAAAAAAGGGUCUGACAAAAGGACCACGCUCACAGAUGCCAAAGAGUUGAAGUUUGCAAGUCAAGAUCUGAGCGAUCAGCUGCUGGAGGUGGUUGGCUUGGAAGGAGCUAUGGAGAUGGGGCAAAUAUACACAGGACUGAAAAGUGCUGGGCGGCGGCUGGCUCAGUGCUCCUCUGUGGUCAUCAGGACUAGCAAGUCUCUGCCAAUGCAGAUCGAUGGGGAACCAUGGAUGCAGACCCCAUGCACUAUGGAGAAAACUGAGUCCUUAGGAGGUCAGAUAACUUACUCAAGGUCAGAUAAAAAUUAUGCACAAGAACCAAGCCCCGAUGCUGAUGGGCCCUCCUCCAAAAACCGGGUUGUUCUGCUCCCUCAUCAAAAGAACAAGAAACCGAAGCAAGGAAUAAUCCUGUAUCUUUUCAUUCUUAGAGAUUUAAUUAGCAUAAUUGGGCCAUGGAACACUUAUGCUGGAAAUCGUUGAACAAUUUCAAGUCUCCUGCUCAUGCAAAAUCAUGGAAUUGGUUUAACAGUUUUUGUUACUGAGCUAAUGUAAAAUCCAGCUAUUAGAAAAUUUAAUGUCUCAGUUUUUAUAAGCAUCUUUGCAUGAAGAAAGCAGAAGUUUACAUGAAGUGAUACUGCCUAUUUUUGUUGCAUGCAUUCCCAUAAAUUUUUUUGUCUCCUACCCAUUCCUUCUCCAAUUUCCAUUUACUAACCUGUAAAAAAAACCUGUAUAACAAAAAAAGGAAAUAUCACGGGAAAUGUGAUUCCAGUUAUUAAUAAGCACUACUUAAUAAUGCUACAAUAAUCAUAAUUGCAGAUCGCUAUACUUUUCCCUUUAGAAUCAAACAGUAUAUCAAUGAUCUUUGACCUGUGAGUUGAGGAGAAGCUUUUAAUUGAAAGGUUUUGUUAAAUAGUUGUCUACUUGCUGUAUCUAAGUAGUUUUUCUUCGACAUCUUGAUGCUUCUGAGUGGAAUUUAAGAUAUCAGGUAUAAAGUAUUCUUAUGCUAAGAAGUAGGAAGUGGUUUUUAGUUUGUUUAGUUUUGUUUUUAAUUCCAGACAUAAGUGGAAACAUAUUACUUGGCAGUAAAGUAUGUUAACAUGGCAAGCCUUAUUCCCUUCUGCAUGUGAAUUUAGAAGAAAAUUCUUAAUCACAACAGUAACCAAAUAGAUGUUUGAAACUAUGUGCCUAAUAAACUGUGUUUCCCACCAAAGAUUCAGAAAAAGAUGCUUUGAGAGAAAUGGGUUAAUGCAUAAUUAAUUAAGCAUUGUGGAGAAAAUCUAUGGUUCUAAUGUGCAAUUUUGUGAUGACUAAAACUCUGGAAGAGAGUGAACUACCCAUUAAUUAUAAUUAAAAUUCUCACUUUUCACAGACAAUAAGCCGUACAACACAAUCAAAGUUCAACGGCUGAUUUCUUGCUUUUUUGGUCAUUUAUAGGUAUAGACGUCUGUAAUUUUUAAUGGGUCAGUUAAGUACACUUGAGAAAGUAAAUGAUUGUAUCAGUUCCUUUCUAGUAUAAAUUGAUACCUGUAAUAAUAUUGAGCUCAUUGAAGUUAAUCAUGCAUGCAUUUGCACCCUCCCCCUCACCUCCUCUACUCCCAUCUCUGUGACAUUUCAAAUAUUUAUUUGGAAAUAACGGCUUAGAUUGUUGUUAAAGUAUUUCAUGGCCUGGGUGGAUUCUCUGAUUGUUUGAAGAAAUUAUGGAAUAGUAUUUUUUUAAGUGUUUCAUUAAGCCUAUGAUAUAAAAUGAAAUGCUAUUCUGGGCAGAUUUGGUAUUGUUCAUUCAUAUUGACCUGCAUCUUAUCAUUGUAUGUUUUAUGUUUUCAAACGUGCCAUAAGGAAAACAAGUGCUUGAAGUGCAUGAUUUAUUAGUUUCUCUCUCCACUCUGCAUUAAAGUACUAAUGAUUUAUCAGUUCUAUUUUUCUAUUGAUUCAUUCAUCUUUGAAUUACAAAUAACAUUUAGUGAUUCUGUUGAACAUAAUCCUGAGCAUGGAUUUAUGGAUUUCAAGUGAAAUUGCUAUGACUUUCGUUCUUUGAUUUGAAGACUCAACUGAAUGCUGUUAUGUAAAAUGGCUACCCUCAAGCAUUGUGCUAUAAUGGAAGAUUAUGUAUAAAGCGUAUUCUUUUAGUGUUCCAGGAACAUUGGAUGGUAAAUAUCAAUCAACAAUAAGUUUAAUUGCUUUGAAAAUAAAAUCUUUUGAAUAAAUUAAGACAUAAUUUAACAUUCUCAGGAAAAUUAUCAUUACAAUUGCAAAUGUAGCAAGCAAUCACUUGCCCUUGUAUAAUAAAAAAAAAAAGUUAUUUGGCAGAGCUGUAAUCAAGACCAGAAGAAAUCUCAAAGCAGUAACAAAUGCAUUACUGAUGUCAUGUUACAUAACACACACAUUGAUUUUGUGUAUCUAUGGUUACAGGUAAUAAAUAUUUUCACAUAAAUUGACAAUUUUCUACAAUGGGCAGGCAGGCUUUGUGUCAAAAACAUAUUCAGAAGCCACUAAUUACUUUACGUUCAGUACAACAUACCGUUAUUUCUUGGCUACCUUUUAUAGUCUAUAGUUUGAAGGCAGCAACAGUUUGUGAAUCAUUUUUAACAGUCUGUGCAAUGAAAAGCUGUUGAAUAGACAGUGGGAUGAGAGAAAUCAAACAGCCGGCCUAUCAGACUUCAAUCGUUGAAAUAAUGGGAUGCAGCUUUACUUCACUGUAGCUAUAUCAUAAUUAGUGAUGAUCGUAGUUACAUUCUCAGUCAGUAGGAUUCAUUGGUACCAAUAAUAAAUGUUCAAAUAGGAAUCAAAUUUUACUUUUCCCAACUCAUUUUCUAAAGAUACUGAUGAGCUUGCCCUUCGAAUACACUACUCCUGGGGUUUGGAAAAUAGUUUUUAAAAACCUACUUUGAUGGUUUUGAAAUCAGAGAAGGUGUUCUCCCCAUUUUUAUGACAGCUUCAAGUGAAGGAUAUAUAUUUUAAGAAAAACUCCAAACUGAAAGCUCCAUGGUAUAUAGGAAUAUUAAAUAAUGUUAGCUUUGGAAGAUGGAAACUUUUCUUACGUGUGUGCGGGUGAGUGUUUGCGUUGUUGAGUCAACCUCUUUUAAAUACAGCAGAUGUAGUUGUACAAAGUUUUCAGUGGAUGAAGCUCUUGAGUAAAAAUUAAACGGGGAUCGCAGGGGUCAGAGGAAAAGGGGAAAAGAGAUAUGUACUUUGCUAAACAGUGCCAUACACUGAGGAGAUAAAUAGAGAUUCCAGAAUAAACCUGGAUAUCUAUGCUUCUAACAGGAAAGGAGGUGUCUGUGUAGAUCCAGGAAUUUUAAAGGACAUAAA